UAACAGAGUGUUAAAAUAGCAACAACGUGUCGCUCAGAGUCAUGCGGUUAAGGUUUAAAGAAAUUAUUCUCGUGUUGCUGUUUAGUCUUUUACAUCUCAUUCAGUGCGCCUCAUAUGUUGGUCAAUGUCAAAGAAGUGAUGGAAGAUGUAGUGAAGCGAGUAAAUGCAAAUAUAUAUGGACAGAUACGAUUGAUUGUACAGUGAAGCAGUUAGUCUGUUGUUAUAAUGAUCAUGAUUACAUAGACCUUGGAUGAUUACUCGAAAUAAAGUG